AUAAUUCAAAUCUAAUCUCUAAUUUCCCAUUCAAACAAAAGCUCUUCCGUCACCCAAAUGUUUCUCUUUGUUCUCCAAACUCUGGAUAAGAUAGUCUUGAUAAGAUUCGGUCAGCCAAUAUAAAUAUUAAAAUGUAGGCGCAUUGCGCCGUUCGAUUACACCGCAGUUGGUUCACAAAAAUCAGUGAAGAUGAACCCCAUAAUCUUUUUUGUCUUUUUUCUGGUUGUGUUUACUCAUGGAGCAAAUAUUCACCCUAAAUCCUGCCCUUUGGAAAAGGAUUGUGGCAAAGUGGACGGGGCCAGUGUCAUUUGUGGUUUGGAUGAGGAAAUGGGUUGCAUUCAGAAAUAUCCCUCAAAGUGUCAUCUGGAUUUAGCAGCUUGCCAUCAAGGAAAAGUGUUCAAGGACUACAGUGACAUUUAUUGCUCAAUGCAGGCAUAUUUCUGUGAAAAAUCACCCACCUAUGAACGUUGGACCAUUUUCUUUGGCCAUGAAGAUGAUUAAAUUGAAUUAUUUAAAAUAUUUAUGAAACAAAUUGUUAAGAAGAGGAAAAGAUUUCAAUAGUACGCUUAUUAAGUUAAAAUAUUUGCCAUAAAAUAUACAAAUAUUUAUUAAGUUAAGCCUAAAGAGCAAAGUUUAUUAGUAUUUAAAGUGCAUAAGCUAGUCCAAUUGUUAUAACAAAU